AUGGAGGCAAGCAGAUCAGAAAUUUCUGCAGCUGAUGAGAGCGAGGAAGUAACAUAUACUUCUGUCAGAUUCUCUCAGACUCCUCCUCCAAGGCCCAAAACUCCACAGGAGAAAAGAGCUCCCCGUCUGUGGUCAGCAGUUCUGAAGGGCUUGGCCAUAGGUUUUGGCACACUGAGCAUCUCCCUGGCAAUUGCUUUGAUUUGGAAGAUGAGUGACUGCCACCCACACUGCCCCCAAGAGUGGGUGGCCUACAGAGGGAGCUGCUACUCCUUCUCCACGGAGAAGAAGGACUGGAAUUCCAGCCAGGAAUCCUGCAGGGCACAGGGAGCUCACCUCCUGGUGAUCAAUGAUACCUUGGAGAUGGAUCUGUUCAAGCGUAUUCAAGCAGAAUAUUUCUGGAUUGGACUGAGGAACAGUACAAGCUCUGGUUGGAUUUGGGAGGAUGGCUCUGUAUUAAGUGAUACCAGGGUCCACUCUAACAGCCCUGUGCAAAAUUGUGCUGUCCUGACAAAAGAUCAGUUUCAUGCCUCCAGCUGUGAAGUUUUGUUUCAGUGGAUCUGUGAGAAAACAUUUAGAUAA